AUGGCUGAGCAAAACGAGAGAGCCUACCAAAAACAAAGUGCUAUUUUUGAAAAUCCAAAGACCCUUUUCACAAAGGCUGAAAGCGCUGUUUUUAAGAAACGUUACACUAAAGAUGUUGGUCUUGGAUUCAAAACUCCAAUUGAGGCUGUUACUGGAAAAUAUAUUGACAAGAAAUGUCCAUUUACUGGAAAUGUUUCUAUUCGUGGAAGAAUCUUGACUGGUGUCGUUGCCAAAAAAAAGAUGCAAAAGACAGUUAUUCUUAGACGUGAUUAUCUUCAUUACAUUUCUAAGUAUAGACGUUAUGAGAAGAGACAUACCAAUUUGGCUGCUCAUUGUUCACCAGCUUUCCGUGACAUUCAAGUCGGUGAUACCGUUACAGUUGGACAAUGUCGCCCACUUUCUAAGACUGUUCGCUUCAACGUCCUCAAAGUUCAUUCUCGUGGUCGUGCCAAGAAAGCUUUCAACAAAUUCUAA